UAUGCGGAUGGGGAGACUGCGGGUUGUACACGUAUUCGUGGUGGAAAUUGGGGCACUGUGUUGGAGGGUGGAAGUGGCUGCGCAGGAUUGGCAAAAGCAAUGAGAAUGGUUCGAGGUGGAGGUAUAGACUCGACGACGGCGCCAUGGGAAACGCACUUUCACCGUCGUUCGACGCCGUCGCCGCAGAAGAAAGAAGUAAGAAGCAGAGGACGCGUCCCGAACGCCGGCGAGUUUACGCAGUACACUGGCACACUGGCUCCGCUUUCGCACCCCUGAACCGAACACCGGCAACAUCACAUCCUAUUUCCUUAUUCAACUCCCUGUUCCCUUAUCCGCAGGUGAUCGUCGCUCAUCCUUCCUCAAGCGUCGCAUUCACGGCCAGACUCACGGUUACACCUCGUUCGUUCGUUCGCUGCGCUUGGACCCGGCGUCUGCUUUCUCAGCCCUGCAGACCCCGCCGCCAGGGAAAACCUCGAGCGUCCGUCCGUCAGCCGCACUUUUAUACUCCGCAGACACCUACCUCUGCUGUCCUCCAUCUUACUGCGCGACCUUUUUCCCGGACGAGGAUCGACAAAGCUACAUUCCCUGGACCACUUCAGCCAUAGAUCUACAUCGGCCGUCCCGACCUCGGCUUCGAUCAGCGCACGACAACAACACCACCACAUCCAUACACACCUACACACCUACACACGACCACACAACCAUGUCCUACUACCCUGGACAGCAGUAUCAGCAGAACUACGGCGCCCCGCCUCAACAGCAGAACUAUGGCCCGCCGCAGGGCUACCCUCCGCCGCAGAACUAUGGCGCUCCGUGAGUUGCAACUGCGAUGGG